GUUAUCAUUUUUGGCUUUGGUAGACACGAAAGGUCGAAGAGCGCAGCGCAGGGCUUCUCGUUAUCCACUACUUUUCUUGUUCUCUGUCACAUUUGCUUCUCCUUCGAACGUUUUGAUUUUUGGGGUUUUAUCUCUUUGCACAAACUCAAGUUAGGGUUUUGUGUGCAAUCUGUUGUUCUUCAGAAGAAGUCGAAUAUGGUUUCUGAUUCAAUCAUGAACGGUUCUGCUCCUGCAAUCUCGAAGGAUUCCGGAAAAAAAAAGAGGAACAACAGAACUGCAAAAUUGAAGCAGUGCAAGCUUGAUGCCAGACGCGAACAAUGGCUUUCUCAGGUCAAGAACAAGGGAUGCAAAGAGGAAUCGAACGGCGGGGGGGUAUCUCCUCCACCGUGCUUGACUCAGAGCAAUGAGCGGAAACGGUCAUUGGGGAAAUUGGAAACGAGGACAAAAGGUGAGGAGAACGAAAGAUCAUGCCUUCAUGAUAGCGAUUUGGAGUCUCUGGAGAAUAGUUCCGCCAGCAGCAUUUUGGGGGCCAAUGAUUCGAGGAAGGAUCGCCCGGGGAGUAGCAGUGGUAGCAGUAGUGGUGGAUGUUAUUCAGGAAGCGUCAGCGAGGAGGAAGAGGAUGAUGAUGGGUGUCUGGAUGACUGGGAGGCUGUUGCUGAUGCUUUAACUGCUGAUGAUAAGCGGCACCAGCCGAAUUCAGAACCUCCGACUGAUCCCGAGUCCCUCGUUGGAUUGACCGCUACUCAUGAACUGCCGAUCAAGACAUAUGAAGCUGAGAAUUUAAAAUCAGAGUGCCAGGAGACGGUUUCUAGGGUUGGAGCAAACAGUCGUGCAUGGAGGCCUGAUGACGCUUUUCGUCCCCCCAGUCUGCCUAAUCUUUCAAAGCAUCAUAGUUUCACCAUGACUGCGGAACGCCAUUGUAGUCGUGGAGCUGUCACCUGGGCUUGCCACAGUAUAACAUCCCCACCCUCAUCUUGUCCUAUAUGCUAUGAAGAUCUGGAUAUCACUGACUCAAGUUUUCUCCCCUGUCCAUGUGGAUUCCGGCUUUGCCUCUUCUGCCACAAGAGGAUCCUUGAGGCUGAUGGGCGUUGUCCCGGCUGCAGGACGCAAUACGAUCCCUCAAUUGGGGACACGGGAGUGCAUGAGGGUGUCCUGUCGAUUCGGCUGGCUCGUUCUCGUAGCACCGGUACUAGAUUUUAGGGAAUAGUCUCAGUCUUCUUGGAAAAACAAUGUAUGGUAGGGGGGAUUCAGUUUUUUUUUCUUUUUUUGGUAAUUGUAUCUUGUGUGUUCUGUUCUUGGACCGAGCUCUUGAGUUUCAAUGAGGUAGAUGUGAAUAUAGGAUAGGAUUUGAAGCGCGACUGGAACUGAACUGGACACCUACAAGUUCGACUCUUGUAUGUUGCAUAUGCUGAUGUAGAGGGAUUUACUUGCUCAUGUGAAUCGAUAAGGGCAAAUAGAUAAUGAAUACAUGAAAAUCUAGAGGAACAUAUUUUCCCUGUUUUCUUUGCUUAA